AACGCCAUCAAAAUGAACGAUCUCGUGCACGAUCGUACCGGGUAAACAUGAUUGACCUUCAUCAAAAAAAAUUAGACAUAUAUAUUGGCAUUACUGCCCUACAUGAUCACUAGACGGUUAGACGGUGAGUACCGAGUUGGGCUCGAUACUUCUAGAAAGUCUUGCUCCUGAGCGGAUUUACAGGAACGUGGUCAGUUCAGUGAACAUUCAGGGACACCAUGAUCACAGCAAUACUGUGUUCGAUAGCCGUUGGGCUUCUUCUGCACUAUUUCUGGGAAAGAAGGCGGCGAAUGAAAGUAUUUGAACGAUUGGGCAUCCCGGGACCAUCGCCAAAUAUUCUACUUGGGAACCAGCUCGACCUUGCUGGGGGACCUUCCCGCGCGAUUGCAAAGUGGCAUCAACAAUAUGGAGACACGUUUGGUUACUUUGAAGGAACUGUCGCGGUGCUGGUGACCAAAGACUUGGACAUCAUCAAACAGGUCUAUAUAAAGGAGUUCAGCAAGUUUACAGCAAGAAAGCCAUUUCCAAUAGGCCCUGACCCAAAGAGCUCGAAGAAUGUCAGUGUCCUCUUUGCGCAUGGACAUCGCUGGAAAAGACAACGAGCCAUGUUAAGUCCGACAUUCAGCACGGGAAAGUUAAAACAGACACAGCCCCUGAUACUAUUGGGAAUCAAGAAUAUGAUGGAAGUGCUUGAAGAGAAGGCAAAGGAGGGCAAGGGCUUCAACAUAAUGACUAUAUUCCAAGCGAUGACUCUCGAUGUGAUUAGCUCUACCGCCUUUGGUCUGGACAUUGACGCCCAGAGGAACCAGGACGGGCAGAUGAUAAAGGCCUGCCGGGCCGUCUUCGCCCAACAGAACACAUACAACAUGCCACUGGUCAGGAAGAUUUUCCUCACUCUUUCUCUCAUCUUCCCGAGAUUAAACCAAGUUUUCUUUGGCUUAUGGCGUAGAAUUAAUGAUCUUGGCGUCAUACGCAGCAGUCCAUUCUGGCUCGGCCAUACGCUUAGGCAGGUCAUAAAGGAACGGAGAGAAUCGGGCAAGACAGACCGGCGUGAUUUCCUCCAGAUGCUCUUGGAUGCAGAGGCUGUUGAUGAUAUGAUCAACGACAAUGCUCUCACAAUGACGGACGAGGAUGGCGAUGCUAUGGAGAGCGGGGCUCGGACUAAGGAUAACACAAAAGGCGUGAGACUCGCAAAGAAGAUAACCCAGGAGGAAAUUGUCAGUAAUUCGAUCGGGUUUCUUCUCGCGGGCUACGAGACAACGAGCACCGCCUUGAGUUAUGCCGCUCAGGAGCUGGCCUCAAAUCCGCGGAUACAAGGGAAGUUACAGGAAGAAAUUGACAAAGUAGUCGGACAGGAGCUACCUGACCAUAAACACCUGGCACAAAUGCCUUACUUAGACAUGGUUUUCAACGAAGUGCUACGAAAGAAUACCAUUGUCCCAACGUUCAUCACCCGGCAGUGCCAGGAGGCGGUCCAGGUUGGCGACAUAGCUAUCCCUAAAGGGAUGACCGUGCAGGUCCACUCUCUGGCUAUCCACGCUGAUCCUGACCUGUGGGGGCCAACCGACCCAAAGGAAUUUGAUCCCGAGAGGUUUUCUCCCGAGAAUAAGGCCACCCGCCACCCCCUGGCAUUCCAAGCCUUCGGGACCGGCCCCAGGAACUGCAUCGGUAUGCGUUUGGCUUUGAUGGAAGGGAAGCUUGCGCUGAUUGCUGUGUUACAGAAAUACACUCUCCAGCGAUGUGAUGAAACUGAAGCAGUGUUAGAAGUGUUCGAACAGGGGACUCUUGUGCCGAAGAAUGGUGUCCAUGUUACGUUAUCGUCGAGACUGCCGUAAAAAAUAUGUUACAUCUACAAAAAAAUGACAUGUACUGUUUUGGGACUGCUGACAUUGAUUUAUUUGAUUUCAACGCGUGAUCGCGGAAGAACUGGCCGAGUCGUUACGAAUUCGUUCAUAUCAUUGCAGCGUGUGUAUUUUUCAACAAGGGCAGAACUGGACGUAAUCAUGCAUAUCCAUCACCUUUAAAUAUGGAUACUAGUUCUAGCGCAUAUAUACAUGCGAUGUCUAUAAAUGCCAUGUAUUCCGAGUUUAACAGUUUUUCAAAAUAGAUCGGAUGGUGGAAAUAGCCUGAGCUGGUAAACACUACGAAUCAUGCAUGAUAUAUCUGCUUAAAAUAUAGCAUCAUAUUUCAGUUGACCGAGUAUUGAUCUAUCAUUUUGUUAAUUUAAAUAAUCGAGAUUUAUCCAUUCGCAGCAUACGAGUAAUCAUGUAAAUACACGAGGAUCUGGUAAAUACGCAUUAUUGAAAUGAAUUGGAAUUCGUCAGCUCAUAAAUGGAAAAUUUUGAUCAGGGUUUCUCUUGUUAAAUUCUUGUAUCAACAAAAAGUUUGACAGAUUAAAAUGCACCCAUUCACGGAA